AUGGGGAAAUUCGGGCCACGAUUAAAUAGCCGGAAGAAUGCAAAACGAUGGCCAAAAGGUCAAAGCUCCAGUUCUAAUCCUGAAACCAAAAAACAUCGAGAACAAGCAACAUUAUUUUUUAAGGAUCCUACAGGAAAACCUGGUAUAACGAAAGAGGAUUUACAAAAACACAAUGCUAUUCAAGGAAUUGAGCCUCAAUUUGAGAAACUUGGUCUUGAUGAAGAAAGUAGUUGGGAAAAUACUACAGAAAAUACUACAGAUACAUUUGCUACUAAUUAUAGUAAUUGCUCAAAUGUAUCAUUUAGUAGAUUUUUAAAUCAUUUUCAAUCAAAUUCAUUGUUGCAUAAAGAAAUGUUAGCUGUAUUGUCUGCUGUUACAGAAGUUAUAAAACAAAAUGGUGGAAAUGAAUCUUCUACAGAAUAUUUUGCUGCAUUGAUGAGCACUUUGGAAGCAAUUGAAUCAGAAACAUCAAUUGCAGCCACAUUAUCAUUAUUAGGCAUGGGUUUAAAAACUGUACCAAAGAAUGUCUUAAAUAUUCAAUUUGGAGCUGCAAGUAAAAUUUUUUUAGAUAUUCUUGUCAAACAUGCAACAUCAGAUGAGUUUUUGAUACUUCGACAUUGUAUUCACUGUUUAUGUCUGUUGCUUCGAGUAUUAGAACCAGCAGCAUGGUCUAAUUCAUCUACAGUACAAGUAUUGGAGUCUAUUUUAUCAUUUGUUGUAUAUUGUAAACCAAAAGUGAGGAAAUCAGCACAACAUGGAAUUUGUGCCAUAUUAAAAGGAAGUGAUAUCAUGAAAGUUGAUAAUCCACCACAAUAUCAUCCAGCUACACCACAUAUUGCAAAAUUUUGCAUUAGCCAAUUACAACUUGAUUCCGAAUCCAGUGGAAUUACAAAUGUUCUUCAUAUUCUCACAUUACUGAAAGAUAUUUUCCAUCAUUUACCUACAAAUUAUGUGAAGAUAAUUAGUGAAUCUUUAUUGACACUUAUGACAUUAAAAAAUGUAUUAGUAACUUCAUGUUGCUUACAAGCCUUUCACGGUUUAUUUGUUUCUCGACCGCCAAAAACAAUUCUUUCAGCACAAAUAAAUGGACAAAUUAUUACUGCUCUUUAUGAUUAUCAACCUCCAUCAAGUGAUACACAACCAACUUUAGCAUGGCUGACUGUUAUGCAAGAAGCACAUUUAAAUUUAGCCAACGUUUCUUUGAAUUUAUGCGCAGUUCUUCUUCCGAGAUUAUUUGAAAAAUGUAUGCAGUUAUGGCUUUCGGAUAAAUCAAAAAUUAUAGCUGGCUCAUCAAAUACAGUAAAAUUAUUAUUACAGGAUUGUAUUAGUAAAAUGUGUGAAAAUGAAGAAACAGUAAAAAGUUUUAAAGAUACUAUUGACCAAAUAAUUUUUAUGAUGAAUAAUGCAUUGGGUUAUCAAUAUUUGGAAGCAUGGUAUCACAUUCUUCAUUUAAUAGCUUUACUUUUCCAGAUAGUUGGUAAACCAAAAAGUAAACAAUUAAUAGAUAUAUUAAAAAGAUUAGCUGAUUUACGUGACUCUUAUAAUUUUGCAUCAAAAAAUGAUGCUGAAUAUGCUAUUGGAGCUGCAAUAAGAGUUCUAGGACCAGAAGCAGUAUUAAAUUUGAUUCCAUUGAAAGCAUCGGAUAAUGUAAUUAAUUUAAAAAGAACUUGGUUACUACCAUUAUUGAAGGAUUGUGUAAUAGGUGGAUCACUUACUUUUUUUACAGAAACGUUAUUACCUCUUGUUUCAUUUUGCGAAAAAAAAGCGAUCGAGCCUAUAGGAGGAAAAACUUAUGAGUUUCUCAUUUGCCAAAUCUGGGCUAUUUUACCAAGUAUAUGCAACAAUGCCACUGAUGUAAAAGAAAAUUUCAAGAAUAUUGCUAGAUUAUUAGGAACAACUUUCAAUGAGAAAAAAGAAUUAAGAAUGUCAAUAAUGAGUGCCUUACGAAGGUUAAUAAUGAAAGCAGUCGAAGAUGAUAAUAAAGAAGAUAUAUCUGAAUUAGCUAGAUUUGCAAAGAAUUAUCUACCACUAUUUUUAAAUUUAUAUACUACUAAACCAAAUGGAACUGAUGAAGAAGGACAACGUUUCGCAACAUUUGAUACAAUGAAGGUAUAUCUUACAAUUACAAAUAAGGAGUUAAUACAUGAAUUAUUUGAUCGAGCACUAUGUAGAUUAAAAGAACUUAAUGCUGACGAUUUCUUCAAAGAAAGCAUUCAUGAUAUAAUAAGAUUACUUAUUGAAUAUACUGAUAUUGAUAGAUUAAAAACUUUUUAUGAUAUGUGUGUAUUAUCUAUUAAAGAAAGUUCAAAUAUUAAGCAACAAAAAAAAGCAUAUAGAUUUUUGGAAGAAAUAUGUAGUAGUGAAAAAGAAACGUGCAAAGAGUUUGUAAGUCAAUAUAGACGUGAAAUACAAAAAUUAUUAAUAUCCUCAGCCACUGAAGUUGCAAAACCAAGCAGAGGAGCUCGAAUAAGAUGUUUAAUUCAUCUUAUCAAAAUUCAUCCACAAUUAGAAAAAACUAAAUUCUUAGAAGCCAUUGUUCCUGAAACAGUAGUGUAUUUAAAGGAUAUAAAUUUAAAAUGUCGAACGUCAGCGUACCAACUAUUGAACACUAUCGCCGAGAAAUUUUUAGAAAAUCCUACACAUCUUAAAGAUUAUGUAAAUAUGCUAAUAGUUGGUUUAGGUGGUGUACAAAAGUACUGUGCUGCAUCUAUACUGGCACUUGCCUCUAUUACUUAUCAUUAUAAUGGAUCUUUGGGUGUAGAUACAAUCAAAGAAAUUUUAGAACAUACAUGCAAACUUGUUACAUGUCCUACAAGAGAAAUUGUAGAAGCUGCAUUAUCAUACAUUAAAGUUUAUAUUACUGUGAUGCCAUCUCCUAUUGUUGCUUCGACUUUAACUAAAUUGAUGGAUGCUAUAUGUGGAAUGACUGAUGAUUGUCAUAGACAUUUUCGACAGAAAGUACGCGAUAUUUUAGUAAAAUUAUUGAGAAAAUAUGGAAUGGAUACAAUUUCUGUUAUGAUUCCAGUCUCGAACACAAUAUUACAUAAGAGAUUGAAAAAUAUGAAUAGAGUUGAAGAAGCAAAGAAAAAGAAAGAGAUGAAAAAAUCAAAUCAACAAGAAAUCAAUGAAGAUAAUGAAUUUAACGCAAAAAGAAGGCCAAAAAGUAUAGAGGAUAUAUUAGCGGAUAGUGAAGAUGAAUUUGAAGAAAUGGAAAAUGAAGAACCGAAGAAAAAAAAUAAAACAUCUAGAAAGGAAGUUUGGAUUCAAGAAAAUGAAGAAAUUGUUGAUCUCGUAGAUCCUGCGGCUGCUCGAAAUAUAUCAACAACACAACCUAGAGCAUUAAAUUCCAAAACAAUUGCAAAGCCAAAAGAUCGUGGAUUCAAAACUGCACCAGAUGGACGUCUUAUUAUUACAUUAGACAAUGAAAAAGCUGAUGAAACCGAAAUUAAUAAGAAAAAGAAAUCUCCUUUAUUAUUGCACAGUGAUUCAGAAAACGAUUAUGAAGAAAGCAAUGAUGAUGCUGAAUCAGUAACCACAUUACAAACAUUGAAUAGAAAACGUAAAUUUAGUGAAAAUAAUGAUAACAUUAGUGUAAAAAGUGGAUCCACACUAAAAUAUCAAGCAGGAGGAUCUGGAAUACAUCGACAAUUGAAAAAAAGCAAAAAUGGAACAUUGUAUUCCGGGAGCAGAAUACAAAGCACCAAAGGCUGGAGGUGAUAUUAAAAAGAAGGGCAAACCAGAUCCAUAUGCUUAUGUACCUCUAUCAAGAGCAGCAUUAAAUAAAAGG